AUGGAGUUAUUUGUGCAGUUAUCAGAUUUCCCAUUUGUGAUUUGCCGUCAGUGUAAGAUUGGGGUUGUCACCAACGAGGUGAAGGCACAUUUAAAGAAGCAACAUGGAAAUAUCAGCCAGCAGCAAGCCCGGGCGUACGUCCAGAUGGCCCAGGCCAUUCCCAAUGCCAUCCACAACCAGGCCAAAUUAAAAGAAUGGCCAUAUCCAGGUCCCGAGACCAAGCCAAUACCAUUCAUCAAGCCGCCCAAGUCAGACGGGUUGGGUUGCAAUAGUUGUCGGUAUGUUGUCCGUGAUACCCGUCAGAUGCAGAAGCAUUGCGAGGCCGCACACAGUUGGUCGAAUAACCGCAGACGAGGUCGAUACAACCAAAGAGCAGAAAGAAUGUUACCACCAGUGCCAUGGCGGACAGGGGUGCAAUGCCAACAGAUGUUUCCCAAUCGUGCCGGAAGCAGUUGGUUCGAGGUCGGGCGUGGCCAAGCGGUCAGCCGGCAGGCCCAGGCCGAUAGUCCAGAGCAGGAGUUGGCCGCAUUCAUCACCCAAAUACACCAAGAGGAAGAGCAGGCGUUUGAGGCCGAGGCCAAGUCCCAGAUGCACGAGGCAGACGAUAAGUGGGAGGCAGACAGGUGGUUGCGACGAUGCGGUUGGUCGCGCCAUUUGGCCAACACCGACCAGGAGCGGUUGCGGGGCAUGUUGCAGCCCAUCGACGACGCCGAGGUGGUAUUGCAGCAGAUGUGGCAGAGUUUGGACCGCGUGUUGGACAGCGCGUACACGGCGGCGACGCAGUGCCACCAGGGCAGCGCCGAGUUGUUCGAGGUCGAGCGCAAGGAGACGACGAUCACGCCCAGCAAGCCGUUCCAGCCAUUGAUGGAGCCGGAUUCGUGGGGCCGGUACAAGGAGGUGUGGAAGAAGUUGUUGGCCAUUUGGCAGCGCAUGGAGUCGUGGGAUGAAAGAGACAGGGCGGCCGAGAGCAGUACCGGCGUGCACGGCAGCGACGGAGACGAUGGCGACGAAGACGACGGCGACAGCAGUACAGCCAACAGCGACGAAGAAGAGGGCAACAGCAGUACGACCAGCAGUCCGACCAGCAGUCCAGCACAUGGUCGACCGGAGUACCGCAUGACGAUCCAACAGGCCAGAGCGUGGCAGAGAUUUAUGGAUGGUAUCAACAAGGUUAUCGCAGGCGAGGACACGAGACCCAGCGAGGCCGAGACAGACCGGAUGUGUUUAGACACCAUCGUCGAGUUUUUAGACCACCCGUUCAAGAAUGGCAACCAUUACGAGAGCAUCAUCAUCAGCGCAUUAGCGGUCAUGGGGUUAGACCCGUGCGGAGGGUGGGUGCGAGUCGUCAAUUACACACCGAUUUAUUCGGUGGUGACCAAGGUCGGCCGGUAUUUGGUAUUGUACCAGUCCAUGUUGGAGCGCGAGGCAUGGAUCCAGCGGCGGCAGCGGGGCACCGGGUGCGAGCGGCAAGAGGCGGAGGAGAAGGUAGAUGGGUUGUUCAAGAUCGUGCGCAGGAAGGUGCGGCGGUUCAUGACGCGGAUUCCGGACGACGAGGAGGCAGAGCCGACGCCGAUGAAUUGGAUCAUCAACACGCGCACAUACGGCAUGCACAUCCGAUAUACGACGCCGGGCAGCGAGGCGAUCGAUUGGCGAGGCGACGAGAUCAUACACGGGCACGUCCGGUUGGGCAUGGGCAGGUUGUCCGACAUGAUGCACAGUUUGUUGCAGGAGGCACGGCGGACGAUGGCCGGGUUGACCAUGAUCGAGGGGGGUGGGCAGGAGCCAGAGGUGGACAUCCGGGGGGCAUUGCCACGGAUCCCAUGGCACGACAUCGAGGACCGGCACGGCGAAAGCGCGUUGGGGCACGCGUUUUUGAACGACGAAGCCAACGAAGCAUGGACGAAGGCCGGCCACGGAUGGGUCAUGAAGCAGAUUUUGGGUUCGACAGCAAGGCAAGAGAGAUGGAUCACGCAGCCGGCCAACAAGGAUUGCCCGUACAAGGAGAGGGCGAUCCGCGAUUACGAGCAGGCCGUAGAGCGGUUCCGAGGCCAGAUUUGGGUGUUGAUGCACAUGUUGGGGGGGCAGCCGGCACGGUCGACCGAGAUUUUGGGGUUGCGGAUGUGGAACACGGCCAACGGCGGCGUACGCAACAUAUUCGUCCAUAAGGGCAUGGUAUGUUUCGUCACGAUGUACCACAAGGGGUUCCGAAGGACGGACACGAUCAAGGUCAUACACCGGUAUUUGCCACGGGAGGUCGGCGAGUUGUUGGUGUGGUAUAUGUGGUUGGUUUUGCCGUUUUGGCAGCAGGUGCAGGGCAGGAUCAAGCAGCAACACGUCCGGAGCGCGUUUUUAUGGGCCGACCAGGUGGUGAGCCGGACGGGCAGCAAGGAGGGCAGGGUUAGGGAGGUGCACACGAGACAGGCAGGUCGCGGCGACGUCGACAGUGGCCACGUCAAUGGCAACGGGGUCAGCAGCCAUAUCAACAGCAGCAGCGAUGCCAGGGACGAACCGGACGAGGGGCCAGAGCAGGAGCAGGAGGAGGCCGCGUUCAUGGAGUGGUUCCGCGAGAGCAAAUGGACCAGCGACCGGGUCACGCGCGCGAUGCAGCGGUACAGCGUGCAGUUUUCAGGGCAGGAGUUGAAGAUCGGCGCGUGGAGGCACAUCGCGAUCGGGAUCGCGAACCGAUAUUUCAACAAGGCAUUCGGGCCGCACGACGGGGCCGGAGACGGCGACGGCGGGGCGGACGACGACGGGGACGGCAGUUUGGUGGACAGCAUAUACGAUUUACAGGCGGGCCACGGGUCACACAUCGCCGGGUUGGUGUACGCGCGCAUGUUCGGACAGGGCGAUUUGGGUACGAUGCGAAGCCGAGAGCAGUUCCGCAAGGUCAGCAUGCAGUGGCACCGGUUUUUCGGGUUCGGGGCCGAGGACGGGCCGGGGCCAGCGACAGGGGCCGGGGUGAAGCGGGUGCGGAUGGCAUUUGAUGAUGAGAGGGAUGACAUGCGGUUCAAGCGGUUCAAGCAGUUGCACCGGGCGGAUUUGCAUGGCCAGUUGAAGCAGAUGUUGGGGCCGACGGCCGAGUUCCGGGGGUUGCAAGAGCCGGUGAUCCAGGCGGUGGUCCGGGGCGAGUGGCCGAUCGUGCAGAUAACACCGACGGGCGGAGGUAAGAGUUUGACAUUCAUGUUGCCGGCGUUUUGCACGCCCGACGGGGUGACGGUCGUGGUGACACCAUUGGUGGCGUUGCAGGAUGACAUGGUGGACCGGUGCCGGCGGCACGGGAUCGACGCGUACGUGUGGAAGAGCCGAGGACCGCAGCGGGCGGCGGCGUUGGUGUUUGUGACGCCCGAGUCGGCCGCGGGCCAGGGGUUCCGAGAGUUCGUCGAGCGGAUGCGCAGCCAGCACCGGUUGGACCGGGUGGUGGUAGACGAGUGCCACACGUUGUUACAGCACACCAAGACGUUCCGGCCGCAGAUGGCACGGUUGGGUGGCGUUUUACAGGACAUCGGGUUGCCGGUUGUGUGUUUGACAGCAACGUUAAAGCCGGGGCAGGAGCAGGCAUUGGCGGCCAAGUUGGGGUUCCGACACGAGCGGUUGCGCAUAUUCCGGGAGGCGACGACACGUCGCAACAUUGAGUACAGCAUCGAUAUCAUCCGGGAGGGCCCAGAGGCAGACACAAGGGCACAGUCCCGAGCAGGGACGAUGAAUACGAGCCGCAAGAGGAGGGUGGCGCCAGGCAGGGUGAACGUGGAGGGGGAGGAAGUAGGCGAGGCGGACGAGGCGGUCGAGGAGCGGGUGUGCGAGGUAGUCAGGCGGUGGACAGACGGACAGGGGCAAGGGAAGGUGAUAGUAUACGGCGGGACGAUCGCGCGGGUAGAGAGGAUCGCGGUAGCGUUAGGGUGUACGGCACAUUGGCGAGGGGUGGGAAACGCAGAGGAGAAGGCCCGACAGAUACAGGCAUGGCGGCAGAGCACAGGCGGCCCGUCAGGGUGGAUCGUGGCGACAAACGCGUUAGGGUUAGGGAUCGACGAGCCAGACGUCGGGUUGGUAGUCCACGCAGGGAUGCCGAGACGGUUAGAGGAUUUCGCGCAGGAGAGCGGGCGCGGCGGGCGUGGCGGGCAGAAGAGCAUGUCGGUGGUAGUCAUACGGCAGUCGUGGUUAGACGAGCAGCAAGGACGGCGGCGAUGGAGACGACAGGGACGACAGGGACAACAGCAGGGCGGGGAAGGAGAACAGCAGGCAUGUGGGUGGGACGAGGACACGGUCGAGUACGCAGCAGGAGAGCGUUGCAGACGGGACGUUUUGGACCAAGAGAUGGACGGACGUACAGACCGGAUCGGUUGCGCGGAGGACGAGGAGGCAUGCGAUAUAUGCCAGCAGCGUUCACAGGCAUGGCAGCAACAAGCCCAACAGGAGCAGGCAGACGAGACAGACGGCAAGGAGAGCACAGGGUCAGCAGAGAGGUGUUAUCAGCACAGCCAGCAGAAGGGCCAACAGGCACAGGCAGACAGGACAAGACAGGUCAUGACGGAGGCGUGCGAGGUGCAGGCGUUCGAGGACAUGGAGGAGACCACGAUAGGAGAUAUGACCGAGGAUAUUCGCCAGCAUCCAGAGGGCAGUCCGGCCACCAGACAUAUGCCGUCAGAGGGACAAGAUGGCAAAGAGGAAGAGAGAUGCAUGGGAGGACAGCGCAGAGAGGGCCAGGGUCGGGCGGUUCAAGAGGUUACGGAUGACGAACGUGCAGGGCCAGUUGGAGCAGAUGAUGGGCGAGGGCGUGCGGUUCAGGGGGUGCCAGGAGCAGGUCAUCAGGGCGAUAUUCCGCGGCACGACGCCGAUCGUGCAGAUCACGGGCACAGGCGGCGGCAAGAGUUUGUCGUUCAUGUUGCCCGGGUAUUGCAGCGGCGGCGACGGGGUGACGAUCGUGGUCGUGCCGUUGGUGGCGUUGCAGCAGGAUUUAUUGCGACGGUGCCGGGAGCACGGGAUCGACACGCACGUAUGGACGGGGCGGGAGGCCGGGCGGGCGGCGGCGAUCGUGUUGGUGACGCCCGAGUCGGCCAGCACGAAGGGGUUCCGCAG